AGGAAGUGCGCAUGCGCGGUGGUGCUCGGGUAGUGACAGUGUGAGAGAGAGAGAAAGAGAGAGAGAAAGAGAGAGACUUCCUUUACGCCCAUCUCCGAUAUAACACCUUCUCUACACAUUCCUGAUCAUGGCUGCCGUAGAUGUAGACGUGUUUUCCGAUGAACAGAAGCGCAGUCUCAGUCUUGGAGGACAUGUUGGCUUCGACAGUCUGCCUGAUCAGCUGGUCAGCAAAUCCGUGUCUCAAGGUUUCUGCUUCAACAUCCUCUGUGUGGGGGAGACGGGCAUCGGCAAGUCCACGCUGAUGAACACGCUUUUCAACACCAUGUUCGAGAACGAAGAAGCCAGUCACUACCAGAACGGCGUCUACCUGCGGCCCAGAACCUACGACCUGCAGGAGAGCAACGUUCACCUCAAACUCACCAUCGUAGACACGGUCGGCUUCGGGGACCAGAUCAAUAAAGAGGAGAGUUACAAGCCCAUCGUUGAUUACAUCGACACACAGUUUGAAAACUACCUGCAGGAAGAGCUGAAGAUCAAGCGCUCGCUUUUUAACUACCACGACACGAGAAUCCACAUCUGCCUCUACUUCAUUGCUCCCACAGGCCACUCGCUCAAAUCUCUGGAUUUAGUCACAAUGAAGAAGCUGGACAGUAAGGUUAACAUAAUUCCCAUCAUCGCCAAAGCUGACACCAUUUCCAAGAGCGAGCUUCACAAGUUCAAGAUUAAGAUCAUGAGCGAGCUGGUGAGCAACGGAGUUCAGAUCUACCAGUUCCCCACGGAUGAUGAAGCGGUGUCAGAAAUCAACUCCUCGAUGAAUGCUCAUCUACCCUUCGCUGUAGUGGGCAGUGUUGAGGAGGUAAAAGUCGGGAAUAAGACGGUCAGAGCCAGACAGUAUCCCUGGGGGGUCGUCCAAGUGGAGAAUGAGAGUCACUGUGACUUUGUGAAGCUGAGGGAGAUGCUGAUUCGUGUGAAUAUGGAGGAUCUGAGGGAACAGACACACAGCCGUCACUAUGAACUCUACAGACGCUGCAAACUGGAGGAAAUGGGCUUCAAAGACACGGAUCCUGACAGCCAGCCGUUCAGUCUACAGGAGACCUAUGAGGCUAAGAGGAAAGAGUUCCUGGGUGAUCUGCAGCGUAAGGAGGAGGAGAUGAGGCAGAUGUUUGUUAAUAAAGUCAAGGAGACGGAGGCAGAGCUAAAGGAAAAGGAGCGAGAGCUUCAUGACAAGUUUGAGCAGCUGAAGCGCAUGCACCAGGAGGAGAAGAGGAAGGUGGAGGAGAAGAAGAGCUACCUGGAGGACGAGAUGAACACCUUCAACAGGAGGAAGGUGGCGGCUGAGACGAUGUCACUCUCACAGCCGCUCAAGAAGGACAAGGACAAGAAGAACAGUUCAGAGAAAAGUGAGAAUCAGGCUGCAGCUUGCUCCAACUCCAAGAUGAUGAUGACCAAAACCAGCGUGGAACCGCUGAAGUGUCAGAGCUGGUGGCAGUGCUGUACGUGUCUCGUCCACAACAACGCCUGGAAAGAAGGUUUCUUCUGAAUGAAGGCCACUGAACUGCGACCUCACGAGCCCAAACUGACAAACACAGAAACAGCCGCUGUCACGAACUCAGCAACAUGAAACAGAGAUGAAGCUCUUUCUGAUUCUCUUCUGCAUUUUCUCUCUGGUUACACCCACACCUCUAACACCCACACCUCCACCUACUUCUACACCCACACCUCCACCUACUUCUACACUCACACCUCCACACCCACAUCUCUACACCCACACCUCCACCUACUUCUACACCCACACCUCCACGCCCACAUCUUCACCUACUUCUACACUCACACCUCCACCUACUUCUACACCCUCACCUUCACCUACUUCUACACUCACACCCACACCUCCACCUCCACCUACCUCUACACCCACACGCCCACAGCCACACCUCUACACCUCCACCUCCACACCUUCACCUACCUCUACACCCACACGCCCACACCCACACCUCUACACCUCCACCUCCACACCUCCACCUACCUCUACACCUACACGCCCACACCCACACCUCUACACCCACAUGCCCACACCUCUACACCCACAUGCCCACACCCACACCUCUACACCCACAUGACCACACCUCUACACCCACAUGCCCACACCCACACCUCUACACCCACACAUCUACACCCACAUGCCCACACCUCUACGCCCACACCUACACCCACACCUCUACACCCACAUGCCCACACCCACACCUCUACACCCACACCUCUACACCCACACGCCCACACCCACACCUCUACACCCACACCUACACCCACGCCUCUACACCCACACCUCCAUCUACUUCUACACCCACACCUCCACCUCUACACCCACACCUUCACCUAUUUCUACACCCACAUGGGCAUUGAACCUGAUUUCUAAAAUGUUUAGUGCUCCUUCAUCUCUCCAUGCUGUAAAAAGCCAAUCAGAGCUUACAGCUCAACUCCAGUUUCCUGUUUGAUGUGUAGAUCAGUAUACAGUUUUUGUUUUUCUUUCUCACACUCACACACACAUAAUUUAUAUCUUAAGCUCCUUAAGAGGGGUAAAAAAAAAACAGGAAUGUUAUGUGUUUACAGGUAAUAAUGACUUUCUGAGGACAGAUCAGUAUUUUUUCUUUGAGAUAUUUUUCAAUGGUUUUUUUUUUCCUUUCUUUUCUUUUCUUUUUUUUUUACUGGAUUGUAAUUUCAAAAGAUUGCAAAUGAUGGAAAUUUAUUUGAAAAAGACCUGAGGAAAUUUAUUUUUCUAUGCUACCAGAUAUUUUUUCAUUUCUUUAGCGAUUAUUAUUCAAAGUAUUACGCCGAGAGAAAACGAGAGAUACGAAUCUUAUUUAUUUAUUUAUUUAUUUAUUUAUUUGAAUUAUUUACGUUUCCUUUCAGUAUAUACAUUUUUGUAAGAUUCUCUCUAAACUGAAAAAAGUACUUUUAAUUUUUGUCUCUGUUCGUAAAAGCGAAUUUUUGGGACGUGAUUGUCUUUUUAAAAAAUGUGCCAAAGCAGCCCCACAGAGUGUUUAACAACAAUAACAUUAAUGAUGAGCUCAAAACUUCACCAAAUCGAAGCUAAAAGCUAACCAAGAGCCACGUGUCACAUCGCGUGAGAUUCUAAAUGGAACGUUUCCUUCUUUUCAGGACCGAUUUUUAUGAUGUUAUUGAUUAAAGCGCGAAGAUAGUUUGUGAGUAAAUGUAAAAUGAGUAAAGGUUCAUCAGUGACUCAAUGGUACAAACCGGAUCAGUGCCUUUGACCAGAUUUAUUCCACUGCACCAAGUGUUAGCCUGUUAGCCUUGUCGCUACUCGAUCUGUACCCGAAACAUGAUUUGUUCUGCGCAUGAGUGAAAUUGCUGCCAAUAACACAUUAGUCUCCUUGUCUGAAAAGAUUUACGGCAGUUUCGGGUAUUUAUAAUACCCUUAUUAUAAUACUACUGUUAAUAUAAUGUUAUAAUAUCAUGUUCCCGGUACGGAUCGUGUAGGGACAAGCCUGUUAGCAUGUGGCAGCAGAUCGUUCUUGGCUCAGGGCUAACUGACUUUAGCUCACUGCACAAUUUGAGGGACCAAGACACACCAUUUAGCAGGUUGUUCCAAUCCUGUUUAAAAGAGAGGUCACGUUUUCUCUUGUGGUUUUUUUUUUGUAAGCUUGUGUUUAGUGUUAAGGGAAAAUCUGAGGAGGAAAAUGACGUCAGCGUUUUGUUUCCCCUUUGUGAAUGAAGAGUACUGCGGUGGUGAUGUAAAGGUUUAUUUACAGCUUAGCAAAGACGAUCCCGCUCCAUCAGACGAUCCGCUCCUUCACUGCGGUCACCUGCGCUAAGAAACAACAAAUAAAGCGACUGCACUGCUGGAACUGUU